AUGUUGCCUGACAAAGACCUCUACCAAAUCUUAGGCUUACAGCCGAAUGCCACCGCGGCGCAGAUCAAGAAGGCAUUUAAGAGUGCAAGCCGCAAGCACCACCCCGACAGAAACAAACACCCCGACUCGACCCAGCGCAUGCAAGAAAUCAACUAUGCGUACGAAAUACUAAAAGACCCCGAAAAGCGCCAGCAAUACGACGGGAGAGGUCAGCAAGCAGGUUUUGCCCAGAGCUAUUGUGCUUCUUGUUCAAAGGAGACUCGAGGAGAAUGCACACAUCAGUUCAACUUCAAGCCAGGUGGCCCGACACCGACAGAACCACCCUGCUGGCAAUGCCGUCGAGACGUGACCAAGAUUCACUGCAUCAAUUUGAGGUGCGGUUGCUGCUCUUGGUGCCACGAGUGCGCCGAUCGUGCGUUCCGAGCUGCACCUGAGAAAGCUCAGAGGACGGCACAUGACGGUAUCAGAGUCACUUUCGAAGAGGUUGAACACAUGCUGUCAAGUGAUGUGCGGCGUGAUUGCAGUCUCUUGAGAAGGGAAAUCUGUUACUCGUGCAAACAAGCUAUGCAUGAUAGCGAUGAUAGCCAGAAAGGACUCUGCUACAACCACAAGUGGUGUCGCUCCUGUUUUUUCUCACUCUAUGCAGAAGCUGACAAGGAUCCUCGUUGCUGCCCUGGGAUGGUGGGCUUUGAUCAUUCCAAGCAUCUGCUUCCAGAGCCUAUCGCAGCGCUUUACGAAUGGAAGCUGAAGUGCAACUUCAGAACCUGGCGACAUGAAGAGCUACGUAACAGCCUGAUGAGGCCCGUCAGCGAAUGGCAAGAAGAGAAUCCUCACUUGGCCUGGGGAUCUGAGUUCGCCCAUGUACUGUGGAUAAGAAAUCAGAGGAUUGAAUAUUUGGAGGAGAAGCUCGCAGAGUGUCUGUCGGACAAGAAGAACUUCGAAGUUCACAAUCUCGAUCAGCACAGUAAGGAAGAGCUUGCUUCAGAAUUGUCAAAGCUCAAAUGGCAACAUGAAAAUAUCAAGAAAGAUAACACUGGCAGAUCUGAGACGAUUAGACAUCUUGAGGGGCGUCUCGCAGAAUUGGAGGAGUACUACAAAAACAACGAAACAGAAAAGUUUAACACCACCACUCAAACCACUGAGCGUGAGCUCAGAAAGCAGCUGGUCACUCUCCAGAGCCAGAACAAAGAACUACGAACCGAGCAUGCCAACCUCCAGACCGAGCUCAGUCAGCAGCAAUCAACCAUUCGGCGACUUGAUGAAGAGCUCAAGACGUCGAAAGCAGCAGCAAAGGCAGUACCCGCACAACCUGACAGCAAAUUGCAGGAUGACAUAGUUCGCAAAGACAUGCGGAUCAGAGGGCUUGAGAAUUCAAACAGAAUCUCCAAGCAGGCGAAUGCCCAGAAUAUCCAAAAGUUCUCCGAGGCUCAAAGGGCUCGAAACGCUGUAGUCACGAGUGAGACUGCGAUGAGGAAAGAGAGAGAUGAGCUGGCAACUGAGCUUGCCGCUGCUCGGUCGAAGCUCGAACAACUUCAACAUGCCCCAGCUGGAGAAGACUCUCUUGCCCAAGACGAGCUUGCUACAGCACUCCAUGAUCGAGACACCGCAAUUGCCAACGAAGCCGCCUCCGAAAAGCGAAACAAGGAUCUGGAAGCUGAUCUCGCUAAGCUGCAACGAGAUCUGGAAGCUCAACGUCAAGCUCUUCCAGACAAAGACGCAAAGCAUCAAGCCGAGCUCUCUGAAGCUCAAUUGGCUCGUGACACCGCAAAUCAAGACAAAUCCACUACACAAAAGCGCUGUGAGGAUCUGGAAACUGAGCUGUCCAACCUUCAACAAGACCUACAAGCUCAGCGUCAAGCUCUCUCGCACCAAAACAUAAAGCACCAGGCCGAGCUCUCUGAAGCUCGAUCAGCUCGAGAUUCCGAAGCUCAGGACAAUCCCGCUACACAGAAGCGCUGCGAAGACUUGGAAGCUGAGCUCGCGAAGGUACGACUUGAUCUUGGAACCCAAGAGCAAGCCUUCGCCGAAAGCCAGAGUGAGCUUUCUCAUUGGCAAAGGACAGCGAAAUUAGCGAUCGCUAAAGAAGUUCGUACUGAGGAAGGACUCAAUGAUAUCAAGGCUCAACUUGCGAAAGCUCAAGAGGAGAAAAUUGCUGCUCAGACUUCCUCGGGGUUUUUGCAACAUCGCUCCAACUUGUUUGGAAAGCUUUCUGACCAGAGUGACAAAAGCCAGCAGUCUGAGAACAAGCACGCUAAAUCUCAAGAAGCCAAAGGUCCUCUGCCCACCGCCCCAUCUCAGAUCAAGAUCCCUGUCGUCGAGCGCGUCAAAGCUACUCAACAAAAGGUAUCACAAGAAGCUGGACCAGGAAGUUCGACUGCACCUCACAAGCCAUCUCCUUUGGCUUCUGUCGUUCAGGCAGCACCAAACACUUCUUCUCCACGUGCGCCGAAACCAGUCGAGGCCACAUUGCAGCAGAAUCCAACACCAGCACCGCGCAACAUUGCGCGACCUGUAACAGCCACACAGUCCACAGCAGCAGCGCCAUCUUCUGUACCACUUUCUCUACCCGUGACGCCAAAGAAAUCGUCGAAUGUACCUACGAGUGCGCCAGCCAACGUCUUUGCCUUCACUACUACCAAGAAACCACUUCAUGGUGCCACUCUACCAGUAACGCCGGUAAAAUCUUCGAAUAUCCCUGAUAGUGCGCCGGUCAACGCCUGUGCUACGGCUGCAGCCAAAGAAACACUUCAAGGUGCAGCUGCGGCAGAGCAGCAAGCCUCACAACACAAAGCCGCCGAACAGACCAAACCCUUCGACUUGGCAACUUACCAGAAGACACUCGCUUCUCAGCCACCUAGCUUCCAGUUCAGCAAGACGAAUGAGGAGAUCAUUGGCGAAGGUCCCAAAUCUGACAACACUGUCAACAGAGCGCCAGCCAAUGUCCCUACUCCGGCUAGACCCACAAUCGAGACCAAACCACUAUUCGACUGGACAAGUUUCAACAACAAGACGCUCUCUGGUCAAGACUCUAGUCUCCAACUCGGCACGCCGAACGAAGUGACCAAUGGCGACAGACCUGAAUCAGACAAUACCGUUGAGCCAGCGGUCCCUACCAGUAUUACCGAGAACAAGACCCCUGUUCCACCAGUUGGCCACACCGAACAGCUGAAGCCGACAACCGCACAGGCAGACGACAAAUCAACCUCAUCAACAGACUUCUUCAAAGGACAACUUCAUUACGCCAAAGCAACCCAAAAGGCCGCGCAGGAAGAGACUAUGAGAGCAACACAGGAGAUUUUGCAACUGAAAGCCGAACUCAGGCGAUACAAAAAGUUCGAAGUCGACGCGGACCAAGAGUUUGCCAGGGCCAAUAAGGAAUAUGGAAAUGUGCAACGCGAACUCGAGAAGACGAAGAAGCGACUGCGUCACGCGAAGAAGAGGUCAGAAGGAGCCUUCAAGAUCCCAGCUGAUCAACUUGCACACCCCGUCGACGAUAACGACAAGAACGUGACUCAACUUCUUGCCACUCUAAACGAGGCUCUCAAGCCAGUCAAGGCAGAAAUCAAGAAGAAGAUGAAGAAGUCACAAACGGCACGAAAGAUCAACAAGGAGCACGAGUCACCUCUCAAAAUCUCCGCUCAAAGAAACAGACGUCUUCGUGACAGCAUCAGACAGAAAAAUCAGGAGAUUGCAGACAUGAGGAUCAAUUACGGCAACAAACGGGCUAGGAUUCUUGACAAUGUCUGUGCUAGAGAGUCAGAGAUCAGAUGCUUGAAGAAAACACUGCACAUUCCCAAAUCGGGAAGUAGUAGCGAAGCGUCAAUCGGUGCUUCUGAACCACCACCGCCUCCUCCUUCACCUCCUCCACCUCCUCCGAGCGAGAAAGACCAGAAGGACAGAGAGCAAAAACUCAAGACCAUCAGAUUGAGGCGCUCAGCAAACAAGCAAAGGGACGUGAAGGGAUGGAAGACGAGGACUGCCGAACUGCGUGAUCAAUUUGACACUUUCUGUCAGGAGAUGGAUCUCAGUAGGCUUGAAGCAAAAUUCAGGGAGAUUGAAGUGCUUUUGGAUUCGUAG